AUGAAACGCAGGACAAGUGCGUCAAAAAGCGAUGAACAGGCGCAUCCGCCGGAGGCGACUGAUGGUCCGUCGGAUGAAUACGUUAAUCUGGCUGAUACUACCAAUGCAUUCGUAUUACCAUCGAAGUCUAAAAAAAGGAAAAAGGCAAAAAAGACGAAUGAUAAGGCUGUGAAUCGAAAGAAGGAAGAGGCGAGAAAACGACGUCUGGCACAAAUUGAAGCGAAAAUGUCAAAAACAAAGCGAAAAAAAGUUGAUGAAAUUAAAAGAGAAGAAAGAGAUAAAGCAGUCGAUUUCACUAUAACUUCAUCAGUAUUCCUCAGAGACCGACAAACAUUUAUUAAUUUACAGUGCUCCUCGUCAGCACCCCCUUGUAUCCGUAAAUUUUGUACCGAAAUUGAAAGAAUAAGAUUUGAAGAAGAGGAAGCUACGCCACGAAAGUUAUCAAAUUUGGCAGGACGUGAUUUUAUACCAGCAUCUGAACUGAAGCCGCAGCCGAUUCAGGAAAAUUAUUACGAAACGGGUAGUGAAAGCAGCGACGAGGAGCUACAGCCCGAUAGGGUGUUGAGGACGAAUGAAGAACCAGCGGAGCAUGUAACAAAUGAAGAUGAAGGUCCAGGAACAACUAUCGACAGUGUAUUGGAAUCGAGAGCGGAAUUGCUGAAUGAUACGCAGACGCCAUCUGUUGCGAAAAAUCGGGAUUCAGCAACGGAAAAUAACUCGUCUGAUCAAAAACUUCCUUCGCAAGAGUCCGAUGUUUCGGAGCCAGCAGCAAGUACUUCAACUGCCGAUAUUGCGAAUGCAAUUCCUCAGAAGCUGAGGAAUUCUCGUUCCAAAGAUGGAAAAAUUAUCUGCAAAACGAGAUUUGUUCCGGUCCACAGAAGCGCAAGUGUGGAAGCACGACGAUCCAAGUUACCCAUUUACUCAGAGGAGCAGGCUAUUAUGGAAGCGAUCAACGAUAACUGCGUAAGUUUGCCGUAA